AUGCAUCACCCUCUCUUCCUCCUCCUUCUCCUUCUCCUGCCUGGCACAUGGGCAGAUCCAGAAGGGUCUCCCACAGGGUCCUUCACCGUCCGGCUGCUCCAGAUUUCCACUUUCCAAAACACCUCCUCUGUGGAGACAGAGGGAUUGGGCCUGCUGGAAGACAUAGAGCUUGGGGCUCUGGACAAGCACACCUGGAGUAUCCACUUCUAUCAGCCCUGGGUGCGCCCAGCCCUGCCCCGCAGUGACUGGGACACCAUUGAGAACAUGAUAAAAAUCUACCUGCAGAAGUUCAGCCACCUGAUCAAUGAUGGUGCUAGUGAGAGAGAUGUGCCCUACCCUUUUGUGGUCCAGUGCGUGGCAGGCUGUGAGCUAUACCCCAACAGGACCUCCCGUGCCUUUGCCUAUGUGGGCUACAAUGGCCAGGACUUCCUCAGCUAUGAUGUGGACCAUGGCAAGUGGAUCCUCUAUGAAGACACCGAUCUGGCACGGUAUGUCCAGGCCACUCUCCAGAACUACACCGCCUUCAGUGAGCUGGUACAAGUCCUCUUCAACGAUACCUGUGUUGAUGACAUGGAGUUGUUACUACAGUAUGGGAAGGCAGCUCUGGCGAGACAAGAGCCACCCGUGGCCACCGUCUUCGCUCGUGCACCUGGCCCAGCCCAGCUCCUGUUGGUUUGCCUUGUCACUGGCUUCUACCCGCGGACCAUCAGUGUGGCCUGGCUGCGGGAUGGCCAGGAGGUGCUGCCAGGCCCGGCGCUUACCACUAGUGCAAUCUUGCCCAACGCUGACCUCACCUACCAGCUCCGCAGCAUCCUGGCCGUGAACCCUGGCGAUGGGCACAGCUACACCUGCCGUAUACGCCACUGCAGCUUGGGUACUCGCAGCCUGCUCAUCCCCUGGGGGAACUCGAAGGCUGUGCUGAUCUCGGGGCUUGUGGCUGCUCUUUCGGCAGGUGUGACUGUGGCUGCCAUCGUGGUGCUUUGGGUCUGGAGACGUAGAAAAUACCAGAAGAUGGAGGAAUCAGAGCCCAGGAGCUCCAUCGUGAGUAAUGAAGCUUAGCCCAGGAGACAGCAAACAAAUGCCUUUU